UGACGGUCGGUUUCAAGGUCUUCUGCUUUUUCUUUAGAAGAAAUUCGCUUCUUUGACAGGUGGAUCAGUCUUCAAGUUGAGAUUGAGACGUGCUUUUCGAUUUUAGAGACGUAGUUUUCUACUCAAAAAUAGUCACAAAAUAAUAAAAUUCCUAAAAAUGCACCCACUAAUAACCACCACUGUGCUCUUACUCCUAACCCCCCCUUCCCUCACCCUACAAUCGCUCUACUCCUUCACCCUCCCGGACAUCACGGGAAAGGAAAUAGACUUCUCCACGUUCAAAGGGAAAACCAUCCUCGUCGUCAAUGUGGCCUCUCAGUGCGGGCAGACCGACGCCCACUACAAAUCCCUCAAGCGCCUCCACGACAUCCUCUCCUUCUCCCCAUCCACUCCUGAUGGUGGGUCCUCCUUCGAAAUAUUAGCCUUCCCCUCCAACGACUUUGGCGACCAGGAACCCUGGGAAGAAAAGGAAAUCGAGGAAUUCGUCCGUGGCCAUUUCAAAGCCGAAUUUUUACUUUUUCCUAAAACUAUAGUGAAAGGCGAGGAAAUUCACCCGUUCUGGAAGUGGAUCGCCGAAACCUCCUCCUCCCCCCCCACGUGGAACUUUCAAAAAUAUUUAUACUCGAAAACGGGCCAAUUUAUAAAAAGUUGGGACUCUUCCGUGUCCGUGGAGUCCAUUUUCGACGUCGUCAAGGCAACCAUCGAUGACGAGGAAACUCGGGAAACAAAUGAAAAAAUCGAAUUAUAAAAAAACUUAG